CGUUUCUUUCCCUGGAUUACAGUGAAGCUUCGUCAUUGAGCAGCCGAAGUUUCCCGACAGAAGCCGAGUAGCUCCCUCCUCCCUCCGAGUCGACGCCUCCAUCCCCGGCGUGAGAUCUGAGGAGCAGCCGCCCUGCACUGGAACCUCCGCAGGUGAACCAUGCCGCUGGUGAAGCGCACCAUCGAGCCCAGGUUCCUGUGUCGCGGGUCUCUGCCUGAUGGUGUCGCCAGUGAGCUGGAGUGUGUGACAAACAGCGCCCUGGCUGCUGUCAUCAAACAGCUGGGAGGACUCAGUGGGUAUGCAGAGGACAUCUUUGGUGAUCUGUUGACAGAGGCCAACAGCUUCUACAGGAGGAUGAGCAGCCUGCAGGAGAGGGUGGAGCUUCUGGCAGUGAAGGUCACACAGCUGGACUCCACGGUGGAGGAGGUGUCUCUGCAGGACAUCAACAUGAGGAAGGCCUUCAGGAGCAGUACCAUCCAGGACCAGCAGGUGGUGUCACGCUGCUCUAUCCUCAGCCCACUCCUGGAGACGUACCAACGCUGCGACAAGCCGCCGCCCCUCAACAUCCUCACGCCCUACAGGGAUGAUAACAAGGACGCUCUGAAGUUCUUCACUGACUCGUCGUAUUUCUUUAACCUGUGGAAAGAAAAAAUGCUUCAGGCGACGGAAAACAAACGCAAAGAGAAGAGAAGACACAAGGAGCAGAAACAGGUGGAAGAAUCUUCAGGUCGUGAAGUAAAGAAGGUUCGUAAAGCUCGUAACAGACGUCAGGAGUGGAACCUCAUGGCGUACGACAAAGAGCUCCGCCCCGACGCUCGAGUCACGCCCUCACCUCACCACACAUCUGACACCUCUGUGUCACCUGACAGGGAUGGGCUGUCUGAUGACCCGUCCCUCUCCACCAGUCUGCACCUACAUGAUGCCCAGGGGCAUGAUGGGAAGGAUCAUGUGACCAGGGCGACAGGGAGCAGCAGUCAGACUCAGUCACUGGACCGCGUUCUCCGGCCCACCACCACCUCUGCUGUCUCCAUGGCAACGGGCCGCCAGCACUCACUGGGCCGCAGCCAGCCACACCCACUGCUACUCACUGUCUCAGCCAAUCAGAAUGGAGCACCGACCAACUCUGCUGAUGUCCGUCACAUUCCUCCUCCUCCUCCUCCGCCGCCGCUCGUGUCGUUGUCAUCAUCGAGAACGAUGAGUUUCACAAACGCUGCUGCCAUGGCAACACCAGUGCACCAUACAUCUGGUAACCAAGGUGUCGCUGCUGUCCUCUCUCACAUCUACAGCCCCUCCCCUCCCCCACCUCCUCCCGCCAACUAUGUUCCCUCCCCUUCUUGUCCCGGAGGCCAGGUGCCGUCCUCGGCUGCCGUAUUGCCACCGUUGUCCACGGCAACAGAUGGCAGGAAGCCAAACGUGCCAAUGAACGACGCCCGCAGCGACCUACUGGCCGCCAUUCGCCGAGGGAUUCAGCUGAGGGAGGUCCAGGAGCAGCGUGAACAGGAAGAGGCAAAGAAACGUGAGCCGACAGGAAAUGACGUUGCCACCAUCCUGUCACGCCGCAUCGCAGUGGAGUACAGUGAAUCAGAGGAUGAGUCUGAGCCUGAGGACCAGGAUUGGUCCGACUGAUCGUCUCCUCCUGCAGCGCCCCCCUCAGGACACACAUACUCAGACGGCUGCCUGCGGGGAAGAGGGGCGUGGCCCGCGGGGGGGGGGGGGUCCAUGCGUUUACAUUUAUGUGUUCACUGAUAUUUGGUAGCGUUUGUUUGUUGUUAUUUCUUUAGCUGCAAACAUGUCUGACAUGUUGGUUGCUAUGGUAACCAUGGUAAUCAGUUCUGGUCAUGUGACUCAUCUGUUUAUUGAUGUCAUCAGUGGCUGUAGACAUGUGUUGAUUAUUGAUCUGUGAUUUGCAUGUUGGUGGUAAAAUAAUAAACUGAUGAUUGAAAUUUUAAAUUCAGUAAA